GCAGAUGGCGGAAGCUUCAAAGUCAUAUGAUCGAUUCGUGACAGAGCUCGUCGUUCUCCACUCGUAAAGAUGGCCAGCCAGACGCAGGGUAUUCAGCAGCUUCUGGCCGCGGAGAAACGCGCCGCCGAAAAGGUCUCGGACGCCAGAAAACGUAAGGCACGUCGUCUGAAGCAAGCCAAAGAGGAAGCUCAGGAUGAGAUUGAGAAAUAUCGGCAGGAACGAGAGAAGCAAUUCCGUGACUUUGAAGCCAAACACAUGGGUUCUAAAGAGGACGUAGCCGCACGCAUCGAGGCGGACACACGACUUAAGAUAGAAGAAAUGAAUCAAACUGUUGCUGUGCACAAAAAUACGGUCAUGCUUAAAAUCUUGGAAUUGGUGUACGACAUCAAGCCUGAACUGCACACUAAUUACCGCAUUGAGGUCUAAGCCACAAGGAUUGCAUCUAAAUAGCUAUAAAUAUGAGAUACGUCUUACGCUAUAAAUAUACAUUAAAUAUUACUGUUCACCAUAUCUCAAUAUGUAUUUAUCGCUGUUAUAUUGUAUGACAUGUUAUAUUUUAUUGGAGAAACUGUAUACAAUGUAGCUGUAGGCAGUCAUACUCAAACUUAACUACUAUUACUACUAGAAUCUUUUUCUCCCGCAGUUGCUACACGACAAUAAAUGUAGUCGUAUUGUUAUUAUCGCUGAGCUUUUCACUGGCACGGUAUACGGACAGUUUGAGAAUUGCUGUAAUGUAGUUACAUCGUACAAAGAGAAAAAAAAAGUUAUGUAUUGAACCGAGUACUGUCGACCCGAUGCGUCAAGGCCUAGACACAUCGGGACGACGUACGAUCGUUAAAAUAGAUACAGUUAAAGCAAUUUUAGGGUGGUGGUAACGAAUUGUAUGUCGUUCGGUGUAUGCCAUUAGAUGUCAUUCCAUUUGAUUCUGUCGCAUCGAGGACGAAAACUUUUUCCCUACAGCCUCUCGCGGUUCACGGACACGCUCCCAGUCUACGGUGGACCACGCGACGAUGUAGUAUUUAAACCUUUUAUCUUUUAGCGGGAACAUUUCAAAUUUUUGUUGAUCUUGCGAGAUGGGCAAUUUUUGCCUUACAUGUACAUCCUUGUCUAUGUGAGCUGGUUGAUUGUCUGUACAGUAUUAGUGUUCGAAAUACAAAGAAAAGGAAAGAAAAUCCCACAAAA